AUGGAGAUGCAGCUUCCGCCUCAUGAGGGAGGCGAGCUCUCCGUGGUGGACAUGCACACGGGCGGGGAGCCUCUGCGGAUCAUCCUCGGCGGCUACCCGGAGGUCAAAGGUGACGGCCUGCUCGCCAAGCGCCGUUACGUCCGGGAGCGCCUGGACCACCUGAGGAGGCUGCUGAUGUUCGAGCCGCGGGGCCACUACGACAUGUACGGAGCCCUGAUCGUGGACAGCGAGCUGCCGGAGGCCGACCUGGCCGUGCUGUUCAUGCACAACGAGGGCUACAGCACCAUGUGCGGUCACGCCGUCAUCGCUCUGGGACGCUUCGCCGUCGACUACAAGCUGGUGAAAGAGCCGCGAUCGCCGGAGACGCAGGUGAACAUCCACUGCCCCUGUGGGCUGGUGAAGGCCUUUGUGCAGUAUUCUGAGGGGAAGACGGGAGCAGUGAGGUUCCUCAGUGUUCCUGCGUUUGCCUUCGCUACAGAUGUGACGGUGGCGGUGGAGGGCUUCGGCGAGGUGACGGUGGACAUCAGCUAUGGAGGAGCCUUUUACGCCUUCGUUGACGCCCAGAGGUUUGGUCUGGACGUGACCAAGUCCAGGACUCGAGAUCUGGUGGAUGCAGCCACAGCAGUGACCAAAGCUGUCAAGGCUCAGGUGAAGCUGCAUCACCCGACCAGCGAUGAUCUGGCCUUCCUGUACGGCACCAUCCUCACCGACGGCAAAGACGAUUAUUCCCCCGAACCCACCGCCAACGUCUGUGUGUUUGCAGAAGCUCAGGUGGACCGAAGCCCCACUGGUUCUGGUGUUACAGCUCGAGUUGCUCUUCAGCAUCACAAAGGUCUCAUCGGGCUGAACCAGACCAGGACGUUUCAGAGCGGAGCUACUGGAUCCCAGUUCACAGGAAAAGCUGUCGAGGAGACCAAGUGUGGAGACUUCAAGGCGGUCGUGGUGGAAGUCGCUGGCCGAGCUUUUUACACCGGAGUUUCUCGCUUCGUGCAGGAGCCCGAAGACGAACUGACGCACGGUUUUCUGCUGAAGUGAGCGUCAGCUACAGGAUUUCUGGUUAAACAUAGUUCCACAUAGGAAACACAUUCCAGACUUUAAUGCAACAAGGUGCUUUUGUAGCUGAAAAACCUGGAUAGUAAAUCUUAUUGUGGGUAGAAUUGUCAACCUUUCAUAAAGAUCUCUGAAUAAUUAUCUUGUCUUGAGUUAUGUUUAGUAGAAAAACUAAAUGGAAAAUAGCUCGAUGUGACUGAAACAAAACGCACACAAAUCCAGGAUAACUGAAUUAUUUUUUGUACACAGAAUUAUGACAUUUCUGUAAUAAUUAAUAAAGAACUUUUACUGACCUUU